CCAGUUUGUCGUCAUUUGAAGGCCAAUACUUAGCCAUGAAGAAAAUCCAAAUAUGUGCUACUGUCUGUUUCGUUAUGACUGCACUUACCGUAUAUCUCCAUUUGAACUGGAAUACAUUCAGACUUUCACAGGGCUACUUUCCAACAAGAGGAACGACCUAUCUCACAGAGGAGGUAAUGCGUUAUGGACUGGUCAUUGUGCCUUCAUUAUGUGCAAAUGCGAACAAAUCCCGUGUGUCGCUCAACCACGCCCAUAAAGUCUACAGUUUAGGAGAGCAGAUUCAAGUGCAAGUAGAUCUGUAUGAUUUGUAUGGUAACCGCAAGUUAACGGGAGGUGACUUUCUGAGAGUCUGGAUGGAGAACCCAGAGACAGCAGCUUCCGUUUCCUGUCUGGUGUCGGACCACAAUAACGGAAGUUACACUGCUCUGCUCAGAGCCGUAUGGUCAGGAAGCGCUACAAUUAAGGCAUUCAUUGCCACGAGGAGGGAGGAGGUAGUUCUCAACUAUAUGAUAUACCAACAGCAUGGCAGUCUCUGGACGAUUUUAGCUGAAUUCCGGACAAACAAUCUAACAGAUGCAACAGCGUGUUCAGUUAGACAAGAGAAUUCCUUGAGGACAAACGAGUGGUGUAAUUUCACGAAUGAGAACAAUGGCGACAGUUUGUACUGUAAGAAGUCCAAAAUCAAGCAGUUAACAUGUGAUACGUGGUCGCAUUCGUUUAGUGCAAAUGGAAUGAGCUUUCUUCUUAAUGACACUGAGAGAAGCAUUAUUGGUUUGUCUGUGGCAGCUUUAAAACAAGAUGUUUUACAGAGUUCAGUGAGGGUGUCAGUUGGAGGAGGUCCGAAGGGUGUAAAACUAGCGUCUCCUUCAACUCCCUGCAAUGCGCUUCCGGCGGAAAUGACAUGGCGACGAACGUCCCCGAAUGGUUUCUUUCACCAGAACAAGUGGCAAUCGCUACUGUGUACUGACACAUUGCCUCGCACCAUUGAUGCUUACAGACAGUGCUUGAAAGGAAGAACGCUCUGGCUUCAUGGGGAUUCGACAAGUAAUCAGUUUAAAGGAGCUCUUCAUUCAAUUUUACGCUUUCCUUCCCAUACAGAUGGUCAUGUACCUGUUACUGAUACAGAUUUGAUACAUAAUUUUUCAAUUUCCUGGCAUGCUCACGAACUACCGUUCUAUCAUGGAGCUCGACACUAUAAAAGGUCAACAAACCAGGCACAGCACAUCAUGAUGGACCGCCUCCCGAACACCACCAAGGACAUUGUAGUGUUAUAUAUGUAUGUUCAUUUCCUGCUUGUCCAUCCGGAUGUGUUUAGGCGACAUGUUCAAAGACUUGUUCCAUCUGUCAGGAACCUCUUGGAACGCGCUCCUAAUGUUACAAUCGCAGUUCGUGGCCCACAUGCAUUUUUCAGAUCGAUGCAUGGUAUGUUAUCUUACUGGGGUCAUCUGUACAUUGAUAUUUGGCAUCAAGAAUUUGCUUCAAUGCAAGAUAAAAUUGUCUAUGUAGAUUUCUGGGACUUGACUAUGGCAAAACCAUCUCAGAAUUUCCACCCACAAACUAACACAGUGAACGAGAUGGUACACAACAUGAUGUCAUUGUUGUGCUUUAGAAAGUGAAGGAAUUGUUUUUUCAUAUGGAUAUAUACUCAGUUGCCUGUUUUGUAACAUGCGGGUUGUAUUUCUUCAGAUAAACUGGUGUUCUGUCUUUGAAUCGCGUUAUUUCAAUUUACAUCUUGAAAUUAUUUGGAAAUUUCACAUUUAGAUCUUCAUCACCCUCAUAAAAAUAUUCUUGACCAUGUUUAUAUCAGAAUAAUUGCUGCAGUUAUUUGUAAAUAUAUCGAUUAUUAAGUUUAUAUAACUGUAGAUUCCUUUCAUUUGACACCAAAGUAUCAAUUUGGUUUAAGAAAAUAGUUAUGAAAAAUCCACGAAAUACAUUUGAAACAAUUCGUUAAACGAAUGGUUUAUGUUAUAUGACCAAAAAAUAUGUUAUGUCUUAUCGUUAUUUAAUCUGUAUUCAGUACUUAGAAGGGGUAACUGUUGUUUCUCAAAUAAAUGAUUAAUAUCAGAGUAAAUAAGCGA